CAGCCGGUGCUGCGGUCCCUCUGACGGCUCCCUUCCCCCCUCGACGAGAAGCGGGAGGGGGCAACGUUUAUUUACCGGCAGCGUCGAAAUCGUGAGCCGAGACUGCGUUUUAUUUUGCGGGCGAGGAGUGAAAAUAUUUAAAUUUUAAUUCUGAGCGACCUCUCAUGGAUCCGGGGAUUUAGGAGCGAGGGUGGAGGUUGUCGGUUGCUAAGGGCUGGGCUCGCUGCUGUAAGGUGGUGCAGAUAAAUAAUGAAGUAAUAAAGAUGACUUCCAACUUUCAGGCAACACUCAGCUCCAUUGUGACUACAAACCGUAAUUCGACUAAGGAAUACUGCUAUAGUGCUCGAAUAAGUAGUACUGUAUUGCAGGGUUUGCCCUUCGGAGGAGUUCCUACAGUUCUUGCACUAGAUUUUAUGUGCUUUUUGGCACUGCUGUUUGUGUUCUCCAUUUUGCGAAAGGUAGCUUGGGAUUAUGGGCGACUUGCACUAGUCUCGGAUGCUGAAAGAAAGAGACGUGGAAAACAUCGAGCGGAAGAGCGGGAAUAUGUGGCUUCAGCUCUGGAUUCCGAAAACCAUGACCGAUACGAACGCCUGACAUCAGUAUCAAGCUCAGUUGAUUAUGAUCAGCGAGACAAUGGCUUUUGUUCAUGGUUGACCGCUAUCUUUCGAAUAAAGGAUGAAGAGAUCAGAGAGAAAUGUGGUGAGGAUGCCGUCCAUUACUUGUCCUUCCAGCGUCACAUCAUCGGACUCCUCGUCGUUAUUGGCGUUCUGUCUGUGGGUAUAGUGUUACCCGUAAACUUCUCAGGAGAUCUGCUUGAAAAUAAUGCAGUUAGCUUUGGCCGGACAACUAUAGCAAACCUGAAUUCUGGGAAUGACCUGCUAUGGCUCCAUACGGCUUUCUCUUUCCUUUAUCUGCUUCUCACAGUCUACAGUAUGAGGAGACAUACCUCAAAGAUGCACUACCGAGAAGAUGACUUGGUCAAACGCACUUUAUUUAUAACUGGGUUAUCAAAAUAUGCUGAACCAGAGAAAAUAAAACUACAUUUUCAAGAAGCUUAUCCAGACUGCACUGUUUAUGAAGCGCGACUCUGCUAUGAUGUGGCAAAACUGAUGCGUCUUGAUGCAAACAGGAGAAAAGCUGAGCGUAGUCGAAACUACUAUUCUAAAGAAGAAACAUCAGUUAUGAUAAAUCCUAAGCCCUGCGGUCAGCUUUGCUGUUGUGUUAUUAAAGGCUGUGAACAGGAAAAUGCUGUGGAAUAUUACACUAAAUUGGAACAAAAACUGAAGGAGGAGUAUAUGAAAGAAAAGGAAAAAGUGUAUGAGAAGCCGCUUGGUAUGGCUUUUGUAACCUUCCAGAAUGAAGGUGCAGCAGCCAGAAUUCUCAGAGACUUUAAUGCCUGCAAGUGUCAGGGCUGUAUAUUCAGCGCAGAGCCUCUGCGAUCUUCAUACAGCGAGUUCCUCCAUACUUCAAACUGGAGUGUGAGUUAUGCCCCUGAUCCCCACAAUAUUUAUUGGGAGCACUUGUCACUGAGGGGGAUUUCAUGGUGGCUGCGUUGUUUUGUCAUCAACUGUGUCCUUUUUAUUCUACUCUUCUUCUUGACCACUCCUGCUAUCAUCAUUACGACAAUGGACAAGUUCAAUGUUACAAAGCCUGUUGAAUAUUUAAAUAAUCCCAUCAUUACGCAGUUUUUUCCAACAGUCCUACUAUGGUGUUUCUCUGCACUUCUCCCAACCAUUGUUUACUACUCAGGAUUUUUUGAAGCACAUUGGACAAGAUCAGGGGAAAAUCGAACCACCAUGCACAAAUGCUACACCUUCCUUAUCUUCAUGGUCUUGAUUCUACCAUCUCUGGGUCUAAGCAGUCUGGACCUGUUUUUCCGUUGGCUAUUUGACAAGAAAUUUCUGGAAGAAGCUACAGUUCGAUUUGAGUGUGUCUUUCUCCCUGAUAAUGGCGCUUUCUUUGUAAACUAUGUGAUUGCUUCGGCAUUCAUUGGGAAUGCCAUGGAUCUACUGCGCAUUCCAGGCCUAUUAAUGUACAUGAUCCGCCUCUCCUUGGCCAAGUCAGCAGCAGAGAGGAAAAACGUCAAACGUCAUCAAGCAUAUGAGUUUCAGUUUGGAGCUGCCUAUGGGUGGAUGAUGUGCGUCUUCACUGUUGUCAUGACCUACAGCAUCACAUGUCCGAUUAUAGUCCCAUUUGGUUUGAUGUACAUGCUUUUGAAGCAUUUGGUGGAUCGCUACAAUCUGUACUAUGCUUACCUGCCUGCCAAACUGGACAAGAAGAUCCACUCAGGAGCAGUGAAUCAGGUGGUGGCGGCACCAAUAUUGUGUCUGUUAUGUCUGCUUUUCUUCUCUACUGUAAGAACAGAGUUCUUAGCUGCUACGUCCAUGUUUACAUUUGUUGUGCUGGUGGUCACUAUCGUUAUCUGCCUGUCCCAUGUCUGUUUUGGCCACUUCAAAUACCUCAGUGCUCAUAACUAUAAGCAACCCUCCACUCCAGCAGAUGCUAUAAGUACAGAGGACGAAUCCUGUUACAGGACACUGAUUGAUCGUAGUGAAGUGGACGGUGCUGUUGAAACAAAUGGACAAGGGGAAGGUACUUCAUCCCCGCCAAAGGUUACAAGAUACAUUGCCCAGGUACUGCAAGAUCCUCAGUCAGAACCCACAGGAGAUGACGAUGAGCCAGCAGCGCAGAAGUGUUCUAGAGAUGUGAAUAAUGAAGGAGAGUUCCAGUCCUGCGAAGACAGUCUAAUUGAAAAUGAAGUUCACCAUUGACUGUUUUUAAAACAAAUUAAUCAGACUGCACGGUUUAGGACCUGGGAACUAUGGCACCACUGGGUCAUUGAAACUUCAGACUGUAAUUAUUAGCCUCUGGUACUGUUUGUACCAGUUCAACGCAAUUUGCUAAACCUUUCCUGUCUUUGUUUGCUGAUUGGAGGAACACAGCAGAAAUGGAAUAUGAUGUGGUGUGCUGGAGUUGUAGAGAAAAUAGCUACGCAUUUUUACCUGCCCGACUAUAAAUGCUCAGCCAUCAUAUCCAUUGAUAUUAGUGGUAGGAAAUUUGACAGCAUAACAUCAUUCCCAGGAAAGCCUUCUGAUCUGCCACCAAAAGUAGGGAACAAACAAGUCAGCCUGAUUUUGUAAGCACACAUACCCUAACAGGAAGAGAGGGCUUGGUGGAUGACAGAGGGGGGAAAAGGAUUGAUAUUUGAUAUACUUUACUGUGUGAGACAAAAGAGCAUCAGUGUUACAGAAUCCUGGUGAAAUUGAUCCUUUUCCAAUUCAAAUCACGUAAGCAUCUAAGGAUGGUCAAAUUGAUCCAGCAUGUUGGAAUAUUUAUAAGUAUACAAUUUAGUUUAAGAGUUUAUAAAGGGAUUAGCAACAUUGAUCUGUCAGGACCAAUUUAAAUGUGUCCUUGGCACCAGGUAUCAUCUGUGUGAUGUCACUUUUGUAGGUGGAGGUGAUCUGUAGAAAUCCUGCAUUUUCAAGUGUUGAGAUGUAUACUUUCUGAAGCACCACUCUGCUGGACAUUUUCUUAUUUAUUUUUAAAAGCGCAUUUGUACACAACUGCAGUUGAAAUAUAUAUUUAAAAGAAUGUAAAGUUUUCUGCAGAAAGUAACAGUCCUGGCUGUUGGAUCUGUGGCUUACUAUGUAGUUCACAGUUGCUAAUAGGACUGUUAAAAUGAGCAGUGUGGUACUCUUGAUAAUCCCAUGUUGAAAUUGCAGGUGACCUGAUGUUUUUGUACUUCAUUUCUCCCCCCCCCCCCCCCCCUCCCCCCUUGAAGUUUUCAGAUGUCCUGUGUAAAGAAUACGUCAUUUUCAUUAUGGAUUCAUUUCCUGUUCAAUAAUCUGGUUCUCAUCUGGUGUGUUUGGGACAGGGGUUAAAAGUUGAACUUCUACCUGCAGUCAAAGCAUUUAAAAUUAUUUCUGAAUUAUACAUUUAAGAUUUACUGAAGAUCAUACAGCAUUUCUAAGUUGGCCAUUUAAUAGAUUUUUAAAAUCUGAUUUUGGGUACAGCUGAUCCAUUUUUUAAAAUCUCAAGCAAGGUUGUAGGGACCGAAAGGGAAGUUGUCCGAAAAGAACCAGGACUGAAGCUCAAAUCUUGUCAAUUCUCUUUCUGAAAGUUGCUUGACAGAACCUUUCAUAUGUUGGAAAAGCAACUCUGGACAAAGGUGCCUGACGUACUUAAAUUUAUUGAAGCAGAACCAGCAUUAUCUACCGACUAUAACCACCACAGGCUCAGGUGCAACCGUAGCUUGUCUUGGCAAGGAUAUUCUCAAUCAAGGCUGAGAGGAUGGCAAGGAGCCACUUGCAAAUCAGUUUUUUAUUGGCAAUGAUCAAGCUGCAACUUAAGAACAAUGAGGAUUGAAGUAAAUUAUUCCUCUUCCUCUUCCCCCUCUGUGUGUCUGAAAUGAUUACAGACCCAAAUACAGUAGUAUUUAACUCCUUCCACCUAGCAGCCUGUAAACUGUAUCAUCUAUCUGAUUUAUAUUUGGCUGAAUUCUCAGUUUGCUAACAUUACUAUACCCAGACUCCAUUCAAUCUUAAAACAGGUUACAGAAAGGUAAAAACAAAUUGAUAUUUAGUCCAUCUUGGUGAGAAAUGAUCCUUUUAUAGCAGGAACUGUAACAUUCCUUUCUAACCAGGCCCUAACCCAUUCACUAAUUUGUAUUACUGUUCCUUUCCUUCCUGUCAAAAUGUCAUUUGCAAUUUGAUCAGAUGAAAGUGCACAUUAUUGUUGAACAAAGUUUGCAUUCUUGAAUUUAUAUAAACUACUGUUUGGCCUAAGGGUCUUUUUAAAGUGAAUUAGAUGGAAAAUUAAACCCUAUCGUCCAUUAUACUCAAGCAAAUUUCUAUAUACUUAGGAUCAAGGAGGGUUUGUUGUCUUUACUAUCUUCAGAUUUAACAGAACAAGCUAUAUGUGAGUCAUUGGGAUUUGUUUGUUCCAGCCUCUCUCUCUUUGCGGGUCACUGAAAGAUAGUGGUUCCCGUGAUACCUUCUUGCUGAGUGCUUUACAUUGAAUUUUAGCAAAGUAUGAUCCAAAUUAAUUUCAGUACCUGCAUUACCGAGACCUGGUACUUUCAGACUUCAACGCAUUAAAAUGACAGGUUAAUUUGUUA